AUGUACAUUACGUCAGAGGAGAAAGGUCUCCCAAUACCGACGAAAGACUUGAUAUCGUGGAUCUUCGACGAUCCCAAAUAUGACAUCGACAAGGCUAUAUACACUGACACUGCCAAGCCGUCCCGUUCAAUCUCUCAUCGCCAAGCGCGGACGAUAGUGCGCCAGCUGGCUGCUGGAUUUCAAAAGGCAGGUGUCAAGAAGGGGGACACUGUCUGUCUUCAUUCGUUUAAUGAUAUCUAUUACCCCGUGGUCGUCCUGGGAAUUAUUGCUGCCGGUGGGAUUUUUGCCGGGACGAAUCCUUCGUAUACGCCACAUGAAUUGAUACACCAUAUCAAGACCUCGAGAACAAAUUUCCUUAUUACUGAACCGGAGAUGCUCCCUCAAAUUCUCGAUGCUGCAAAGACAUGCAGUAUCCCCCACUCGAAUAUUUUGAUUUUUGACGUACAGAACCAGCCCGUUCCGAAUGGAUUCGAGUCCUGGACGAAGCUUCUGGGGCACGGUGAGGCCGACUGGGUUCGUUUCGAUUCUGAAUCACAGUGCAAGAACACGGUAGCCUGCAGACUCUUCAGUUCUGGGACAACUGGUCUUCCCAAAGCCGCCGAACUCAGCCACUACAACCUGAUCGCUCAGCAUACCCUGGUCUACGAAUCGUUUCCCAAACCAUACGAAGUCCGACGCAUAUUGCCUCUGCCGAUGUUUCAUGCAGCAGCAGUUCCCUCAGUCCACUUCACGCACCUCCGUGCAGGUCACAUUGGUUUGGUGAUGCGACGUUUCGAACUCGAAUCAUUCCUUAAGGCGAUCGAACAAUUCCAAAUCACCGACUGCAUCGUGGUUCCACCCAUGGUCGUUGCGAUAGUCAUGAGUCCACUGAUACAGAAAUACUCAAUGAAGAGUGUCAAGGUGGCCCUAUGCGGCGCCGCCCCCUUGGAUAAAGGUACCCAAGCACGCCUUACGGCCGUCCUCAGCGAAGGUGUACCUUUCACUCAAGUCUGGGGCAUGACUGAGCUAAGUUGUGUUGCGACCAUGUAUGUUUAUCCCGAAAACGAUACGACGGGAGGUUGUGGUCGGCUCAUUCCAGGGCUUGAGGCCAAAUUGAUCGACGAUGACGGCAAUAACAUCACCGCAUAUAACAAACAGGGUGAAUUAUGUAUUCGCGGGCCCACGGUGAUUAAGGGCUACUUUGAGAACCCUUCAGCCAAUGCAUCAUCGUUUGAUAACGAGGGAUUCUUCAAAACUGGAGACAUUGCGUAUUGUGACGAGAAGACGAAGGUAUGGUACAUUGUAGAUCGGAAGAAAGAAUUAAUCAAAGUCCGAGCAUUCCAAGUCGCCCCUCCGGAGAUCGAAGCAGUGCUUCUCUCGCACCCACACAUUGUCGAUGCGGGCGUGAUUGGCGUGCAGAAAUCAGUUGACGACUCGGAAUAUCCACGAGCUUACGUUGUGCGGCGGCCUUCGCCUGAGGGAGCCGCACUGACGGAGGACUCCGUGAAGAACUAUGUUGCAGAGAGAUUAGCGAAGUAUAAGAGGUUAGAAGGAGGCGUGGUGUUCAUGGAUGCGAUUCCGAAGAACCCAAGUGGGAAGAUUCUAAAGCGGGUUCUGCGUGAGAUGUCGAAGAAAGAACUCUCGAGUGCAAAUGCUAAACUAUAA